GACGAUGAAGAUGAGGAUGAGAGCGUCGAAGAGCAAAGUGAUGAGGAUGAAAGUGAUGAUGAUGCUGAGAAUAUCGAAGCUAAUUUAUCUAAGAUUAUGAGUGCUCAUAAAAAUAACCAGAAGGCAUUAAAAUCUGCUCCCAAAUCGUGUCUCCGAAAUCUCAAGGCCCAACCUAGGGUUACGAAGGGAGAAAUUGGUAUGAAAGGUCCAAAGGCAUUUGGCGGCUUCAAGCCUAAAUCACUCGUGGUCCCACCUAAUCCUCGAAGUAAAAAGCUACACUAA